AGAACGCUCUCUUAAACGGGCGAACGGUAUAGGCGACUCUCUCUCUCUCUCUCUCCCCCCUCUCUUUCUCUCUCUUCCCGCACUCGCGCACACACUCCUACUGAGUGACGGUCGUUCUUUCUUCCUUCCACUGGAUGAAAGUGAUACCCUCAUCUCCCGCUUUCCGUUCACAAUCCGAAUUGCAGAUAUGAGUGACUCAGUUCUUGGGCUCAUCUCCCGGAUCGGGAAUCAGAUCGUCCGGCAGUCUCGCCUCAACAAGGAUUUCCUCGUCAAGAAUCUCCGGCAAGCUGCCAAUGAGUUGUCGCAAGUGGAGCAACCUUCAGCAGUAGAAUCUGCUGAGAGGUCAAAAGAGGUUGAAACAGCCUUGAAACCUCUAAUAGAAUCAUUUACUAAGAAUGAUCUUGCUCUGCACAAGGACAAGGAUGUUAGACUUUUGGUGACUAUAUGUGCAACUGAACUUUUCCGGAUCAUGGCUCCUGAACCACCAUUUGAAGAAGAUUCUCUGCUGGCUGUAUUUAAACUCAUUGUCAGCACCUUCGCAGAUCUAGCAGACAUGGAGAGCCCAUAUUUUUCAAAGAGAGCAAAAAUAUUAGAGACUUUUGCACGGCUUGGAUUAUGCAUGAUAAUGCUGGAUAUCGAAUGCUAUAAUUUAAUUGUUGAAAUGUUCAAGGUUCUUUUCUCUGUUGCUAGGGAGCAACAUGAACGGAGUUUGACUAAGAAUAUCUUGUCAAUAUUGAAACAAAUCAUUAAUGAGGAUGCUUCAGAUGAACUCCUGGAAGUAAUUUUGCAAAAUCUUCUGAAGGAGGAGAAGGGUGUACCAUCUGCCUCUUCCCAGAUUGCUGUCUCCAUCAUCCAAAUGUGUUGUGAAAAGCUAAAACCUUUCAUACACAGGUUUCUUACUUCUUGCAUGUUUGAGAAAGAGACAGAAGGAAGUGCACUCAGAAAAUCAUAUCAUGAAAUAAUUUACAAGAUAUUUGUGAACGCUCCUCAAAUGCUUUUUGCUAUCAUCCCAAACAUAUUGCACGAGUUGCUGAACAAUGAUGCCGAUGUUCGAAGAAAAGCUGUACAGCUUCUUGGAAGGAUUUUUGCUGAGCUUGAACACCUUGCAACUCAGGAUUACCAUAGUCUUUUCAUGGAAUUUUUAAAUAGAUUCUCUGACAAAUCUAUGGAAGUUAGAAUUAGUGCUCUACAAUGUGUAAAAGGUUUCUUUAUGGCCAAUCCUUCCGGUAGUGAAGUACAAAAAAUUCUUUUGGCGCUUGAAGCUCGGCUGUUGGAUCUUGAAGAUCGAGUGAGAACAGAGGCAGUGACUGUUAUUUGUGAUAUUGCUAUAUCUAAUAUGAAUGCUGUCCCACGUGAACUGGUAGUUGAAUCAACAGAAAGGCUUCGUGAUAAAAGUAGUUCUGUUAGAAAGAAGGCAUUAUGGAAAUUGAUGGAAGUGUAUCGAGUUUAUUGCAGCAAGUGCUCAGAGGGUUGCAUGACUAUCAGUAAUCACUUUGAGCAGAUUUCAUGUAAAGUCUUGAUGCUUUGCUAUGUUAAAAAUUGUAAGGAAUUCAGAUCCCAUGAGGUGGAGCUUCUUCUUGCUGAGGAGCUAUUUCCUGUCUUGACACCAUUGGAAAUUACGAGGCAUUGGAUUCACAUGUUUUCUCUUUUUGAGUCUCCACAUUUGAAGGCAUUGAACUCUAUUUUGUCUCAGAAACGAAGGUUUCAAUUGGAGAUGCAGCGGUAUUUGGGAUUACGGAGGAAAGAAAAGCAGGAGGUCAGUUCAGAUGAAAUGGAGAAGAAAGUUAGACUCCUAUUUAAGAAAUUGUCUGCAUCAUUCCCUGAUCCUGCCAAAGCAGAAGCGAGCUUCUAUAUGCUGGAUCAGUUGAAGGAUAGCUACAUCUUCAAUGUGCUCUCUCAAUUAUUAGAUGAAAUGUCAAUUGUGAAUGCUCUGAACACAAGGGAAGAAUUUUUACAGAGGAUAAGAGAGAGACGUUCACAGGUUGAAUUUUUAAGUUCAGUCAGUUCAAAGUGCUCCUUCAAUAUAUUCAGCUUAGAACAUGUGCAACAUAUUCUAGACUACCUUUCUGAUGGUUUUGGAUGCACACAUCAGGAAGCUGCUGCCAAACUUCUUCUGGCUGUUGUUGAUUAUUGUCCUUCCCUCUUAAGAGGUUCAGAAGUGAAGCUUUGUACUAUAUUAGAGAAGAACGAGCAAAUGACUAAUGAAAUUAUGGAUGCAUUAGCAAAAGCAGGCUCCCAGAUUUCCAUUAGACUCAGUGAUAUUUAUCAUCUUCUGGAGAGAACAUGCAUCUCGGGAUCUCGUAGACAAGCCAAAUCGGCUGUUUCUGCAAUUGCAGCAAUUAUGCAACCUUCUGAUGAAUCUGCUUUAUCAGAACUAUGCAAGAAACUUUUGUAUUCACUACAUAGUGGGGUAAAUAUGCCCACUGUGUUGCAAUCUCUAGGAUGUAUUGCAAAGCAUUUUAUCUCAACUGCUGAAGAUUUUGAUCGACAGAUCACUCAAUUCAUAGAGACUACACCGUCGAAUGAUCUGGAUUUAUCAGAUGAGAAUUGUGGAUGUAGCAAACUCUGCAAAUUGAAGACAUAUGGACUGAAGACACUUGUCAAUAGCUUUUUGCCACAUGCUGGAACUCAUGUCAGGAGGAAUAUCAAUCAACUGCUGGAAAUUCUGGAGAAAAUGUUGCAUAAGGGCAAUACUGUUGGGGAUACAAUUUUAAGUGAAAGUGAUCGUGCUCACAUAAGGUUGGCUGCAGCUAAAUCUGUCCUUCGGCUUUCUAAGAGAUGGGAUCUAUUUAUAACCCCUGAAAUAUUCUCGCUUACAGUUUCAAUGGUAAAGGAUUGUUCUUCCUUUGUUAAGAGAUCAUUUCUGGAGAAAACAUAUAAACUUCUGAAAGAGCAUGCAGUGCCCAGUAGAUAUGCUUGUGCGUUGGCAUUGGCCACUUCAGAUGGCGAAGACUUACAAAAUGAUUCUUUGAAGUAUAUGUCAAAGUUCAUCAAAGAAUAUAGCUUGGAAGAUCAAACCUGCCAGAGUUCUACAGUGCAAGGAGUUGCUAUACCAGGCUACCCAGCAUAUAUAAUUGUUUAUUUAGUUUAUGUUCUUGCUCAUGAUGCUGAUUUCCCCCCUGAAGAGUGUGCAGAUGAACAGAUAUUAGCUCACUUUUGCAGUCCGCUCUUUUUCCUCAUAAGAGCGUUAGUUGAUGCUAAUAAAUUAAAGGGUGAUCUGGAUCUUGUCAUUGAUCCUUUCUCGUCAUUGGCUGGUUUACUCAAAGCAAUUAGAAAAGCUGAGGAUGCUGUCGAUGCUGAAAGAACUCCUAAGCUACACAUUCUUUCACAAAUUGGCUGGUCCUUUGCAAUGUCAUUAAAUAAUGGUUCUACCUCUUUCGGACGUACUCCUGAUGUGGUUUUACUCCCAUCUGCAUAUUAUAGAGCUAAUAAUACAAAAGAGUUUGUGGAAUACUCUUGGGGGGAAAGAUUUAUUAGGAGAAUAAUCCAAAAUUUUAAUUCUUAUAUCUUAGAGGGCAAGCCACAGGACACUAAAAUCUUAGCUCUGGAAAAAGUUGCUCCGGUAAUUUUGGGACAGAAACGAGAAAGGGUCACCAUGCCUGAGGGUGAAUCUGCUGUAGAAUUUCCAACUGUCAAGCAUAAAAGGCUCUCAAGCAAGCAAAACCAGAGGAAAGAACGGUGCGUAUUGUCUUCCUGUAAUUCAAUGAGUGAGGUGACUAUAUUGAUGCGGCCACAAGAGAAAAGCCAGAAUGAGGGAAUAGAUGAUGGUUCUAUCAAAGAAAUAACUGAGGCUGUCAGUGCUGUUACUGUUGGACCUCCUGCAUAUUCCAGGGCCAAGCGUCACGAUCAACACUGUUUAAAGGAGAUUUGUCAGAAUAGACAUGUGCAAAUGGGAAAGCAAAGUAAUUUAAUAUUGUCAAUGGAAAGUUUCCAUCCAAGCUAUGGCGAUGGAUUUAAAGCACAGAACAAUACUAGCAAGACACCGCUCAAUAGUGGGGAUUCCAAAAUAACAUGCUUGGAAAUUGAGAGCUCUGAGACUCGAAGUUCUGAUUCUUUGGAAGCUGGGGUAAAAAUGCAAGAAACUUGUACCUGUGGUUUUGUAACCUUUACAUUUGCAGGUAGCUUUACCAAGGUGACUGUACUAGUAGAGGAGACCCAGAGAUCUUCCUUGCAGCACCGCAAGACAAGGGCAAAUGGUUCACGAGGUGACGUCACUGUACAGAAGCAAAAAGCUUAUACUACAGCAAGGAGGAAAGGGACCAUGGCAAGAGAAAAUAAUGAGUAGAAAGGUUCAAUUGUUUCAUGGCAGAUGUUGUAAAUAAGAUUGAGGAAGGGGAACCAGAGGCUCCUUGACAUUUAAUACCAGAAAGUUAGGAGUGGAGUUAUCAUAGAGGAUUUCUGUCUUUUCAAAGGACCAGGUGGUCAGGUGUCGUCAUGACAGGAAAGUCCAUCUGAAAUGGAAUACUAGAUAUAUGGCAAAUUCUGUAUUAAUGAUCUUAUGGAACUGUGAAUGAUUUGUUUAUUUGAGUUCUGAUCAACAGAACUUGGCUCCUAAUCUUUUGAACAGAAUAUUCUGCUAAUGGAUAGAUGCUCCUCUAUUCUGACCCUGAAUGUCAGAUUACUUAUGGCC